CGAACGACAAACUAACUCCACAAAUAAUGAACAACUUCUAUCCACUGGAAUAAAGUAGACGAUUCUAAUCAAAUUAGGAUCAGUUAAACGGUAGAUGGGAUUGUGCGUGCGUAUUUGCGCAUCAAGUCCUCAGGCAGGCCAAGUGAUGUUGUGCGCAUGCGCACUAUAAAUCAUCAAAGCCCUAAUAUCACCGAGGCUUGUUUUUCUAGUACGCAGCAGGCGCUCAACAGUGAUGGACUGAUGCAUUUGGAAUUCAUAAGAAUGCAAGAAUAAAAAAUGUACGUCUACAUCCAACGCUAAAGCAUAAAGGACGGAAAAGAAAGGAGUGGGUGAUUAUUUCAGCAGAGCCAAAUGUCUUCCAGUAACAACAUCAUGUCCAAGAAUAUCCGGACGGAGUACAUGAAGAAGUUCAGAGAUCCCAAAUGGGAGACGUUCUCGAAAUGUUACGAGGACUCUGUGAAAUACAGACUGACGCGGAGGCUGAUGGAGCAGACACACAGACCGUUAUUUGGGGACGGGUGGGACAGCGGGUCCGACUCGAGCGGAAGGUCCAGUCCCAGACUGCAAGAUGGGAACGUCUCGAAUGCCAAACACUACACAUCCUCAUCAGAGUCCAAGAAUGAGAACGCAGAGGUUCUGGACACCUGGAAGCCACAGGUGAAUGGAGAAGUUCACACGGAUAUGAGUGCUGCCGUGGAAAGCUCACUUCCCUUGGAAAAUGGUUAUAAAGAUAUGACUCCUAACGGACCAUCAGAAUCUAAUCUAAAACAGCGACAGAGACAACGGGUGCUCCGUUCAGAGCCAUGCUACCCUAAUAAAGAGCUGGAUAGUGAUGAAUCUCAGCUACCUCUAUCAAGAAAACCAUCCAGGGCCAAGAGCCAACCACCGGGCAACACCAAGGAGCGGACGCCCAACCGUGAGAACAGACGGUCUUUUAUCCUUCAUGACUUGGCAGAAAGGCACAUUGAGACGAGAGACAGAAGGACACCAAAUAUGAGAGUGUCUUUGUCCGCUGGAGAGAUACAUCGGGCCGAUGUGGGCGUCCAGACACGAAGAGAGGCUAAAAAAGGUGGAAGAUCAUCAGACCGCCGGAGGGCGAGGUCAGCUGACCUGGAGAAGUCCAGAAGAUCAGCACUGAGUGCAGACGAGCGCUGGAUGACCGAGUACAUGCGCUGCUUCUCUGCUCGACUGAGGUAGAGGCGGAUCCAGGACCAGUUUAUGUCACUGGAUUUGAAAUGAAAAAGAUCCCAAAGCAGCACUACAGACGAGUUUGAUGGCACUGAACAACUGACAACAAAAACUGCACAAAAAGUUACAUGCACUCCUUUAAAUUCAAUACGAUAUUCAGAAGUUCUUUAUAGAAUAUUAAAAUACUUCAUAUUUUUUGAUGCUGGAUACAAUCACUUUCUCAUGAAUGCAUUUAAGAACUACUAGACCAAAACACAUCUGGUGUCACAAAUACUUUGUUUUUAAUAUUUUUAGUAUCUUGUUUCUAAUUAUUAUUUAUUGGCAUUUAAUGGAUAUUUUAUUUCCAGUUUUCAGUGUUUGGUGGUUAUUAGAAGGUUUCAGAUCUUCUGUCGUGAUUUUUAACAUGGGCUGCAGGGAUUUAAUGAUCAAAUUUAAUUUUUGAGUGGACCAAACAAUUCAUGUAAAGAUGUGUGAUUUGUUUCUGACUCAGAUGAUUGUUUAUUCCGAUCUUUCCAGAAUGUUAUUCUAGACGCUCCAGCCUGUCUGUCAUUACGAUGUCAGCUGUAAAACUUACUGUUCUUUGAAUGUGAUUGACCGAUGUUUGGUUUGUUUUAACUGAUCACAUGGUCAAUGAAUUUGUGUUUGAGAGGCCGUGUUAGAAGUGCAGUUCUGUGCAAGUCAUGAAAUGUUGUCUAAAAAAGUGUUUUUUCCUCACCAAUCACCAACAAUCAUCAUUUUAAUCCACUUUUUGCACAAAGAUGUCAAGUAAUUAAUAUUUUUAGAUGGAAAAAUUAUUGAGGGCUAGUUGAAGGCCAUCAUUUGAUUCUUGUGAAUGUGAUUAUUUAUCAUGCACAGAUUUGACAUGAAAAUACAUAUUUGCUCACAUGUAUAUAUUUAGCUUUCCUGUCAUAUUUAAAAUGCAUCAGCACUGAUCAUAUCAUAGACACUUUGAAUGUAGCGUUACGCUUUACUUGAGCCUUCAUGGUUCGCUGGGAGACAUUUCCUCUGCUCUUUAUCUUAAUAACAGGUUGCCUGUUAUUUGGCCUUUUUAUUCAGUUAUUCACUUAUCGUUUCAUAAAAGGAAACUCAUUCUGUUUCAGGCUACUGACACUGAUGUUCUUGAAUGAAGUACAUGAAAUAUGCUAACUUGUUGAUUUUCCUCGGCAAUGUUUACAUUUUGACCACUGUAUUUGUACAUCUGAACAUGCACAGGUAGAUAUAUUUUUACCUGCAGAACAGAAGUACUCUUAAUGCAUUGCAAU